GGAGGGUCGUUCAACGUCCCACGACCGUGCUGUUCACGGAGGCUCGUGACGUCACCGUAAAGCGCCGGAAAUGCAGUGUCGGCCGCGCGCCGCUAGCGGAGAGGAAAGGAAGUUGGCCUCCGAACGGCCUGGACUGAGUGGGCCAGGCCACGGCCACCAGCGGCGGUUCCUUCGACCAACUGAGGGCGGCGCGAUGGGAGACGAGAUGGAUACCAUGAUCCCCGAGCGGGAGAUGAAGGAUUUUCAGUUUAGAGCACUGAAGAAGGUGAGGAUCUUUGAUUCACCCGAGGAGUUGCCCAAGGAACGCUCAAGUCUGCUUGCUGUGUCCAACAAGUAUGGCCUGGUCUUUGCUGGUGGAGCCAGUGGGCUGCAGGUUUUUCCUACUAAAAAUCUUCUUGAUCAAAUUAAGCCUGGAGACGAUCCCAGUAAGAUAGUUGAGAAAGUACAAAGCUUGCUAGUUCCUAUGAAAUUCCCAAUACAUCACCUGGCCCUGAGCUGUGAUAACCUCACACUCUCCGUGUGCAUGAUGUCCAGUGAAUAUGGUUCCAUUAUUGCUUUUUUUGAUGUUCGCACAUUCUCAAACGAGGCUAAACAGCAGAAACGUCCAUUUGCCUAUCAUAAGCUCUUGAAAGAUGCAGGAGGCAUGGUGAUCGAUAUGAAAUGGAACCCCACUGUUCCCUCCAUGGUGGCCGUUUGUCUGGCUGAUGGCAGCAUUGCUGUCCUGCAAGUCACAGAAACAGUGAAAGUGUGUGCGACUCUUCCUUCCACAGUAGCAGUAACAUCUGUGUGCUGGAGUCCCAAAGGAAAGCAGCUGGCAGUGGGGAAGCUCAAUGGAACUGUGGUCCAGUAUCUUCCUACUCUGCAGGAAAAAAAAGUCAUUCCAUGUCCUCCAUUUUAUGAGUCAGAUCACCCUGUCAGAGUUCUGGAUGUUCUCUGGAUCGGGACAUAUGUCUUCACAAUAGUAUAUGCUGCAGCAGAUGGGACCUUGGAAACUUCUCCAGACGUGGUGAUGGCUCUGCUGCCAAAAAAAGAAGAAAAGCACCCAGAGAUAUUUGUGAACUUUAUGGAACCCUGCUACGGCAGCUGCACGGAGCGGCAGCAUCAUUACUACCUCAAUUACGUUGAAGAAUGGGAUUUAGUGUUGGCAGCAUCUGCGGCUUCAACAGAAGUUAGCAUUCUUGCUCGACAAAGCGACCAGAUUAAUUGGGAAUCUUGGCUCUUAGAGGAUUCUAGUCGCGCUGAACUGCCUGUGACAGACAAGAGGGAUGACUCCUUGCCCGUGGGAGUUGCUGUCGAUUAUACUAACCAAGUGGAAAUCACCAUUAAUGAUGACAAGACUCUUCCUCCUGCUCCAGUUCUUAUGUUACUUUCAACAGAUGGUGUGCUUUGUCCAUUUUAUAUGAUCAAUCAAAAUCCUGGGGUUAGAUCUCUCAUCAAGACACCAGAGCGGCUCUCGUUGGAAGGAGAACGACAGCCCAGGUCAUCAGGAAGCACUCCCACCACCCCGACCUCCUCUCAGGCCCCACAGAAGCUCGAUGCUUCCACAGCUGCAGCGCCUGCCUCUGUUCCCCUUCCUUUGCCGGCUGCUCCCACCACCACCUUCUCUCUGCCGUCUGCUGUUGGAGGUCCUACUGUGUUCUCCUUUGGGUCUUCGUCCUUGAAAGCCUCUGGGGAGCCCCCUCCGUAUUCUGGUGGCUCUGACAAUUCCAAAGCGGCCCUGGGCUCUGGCGCCUCCACCUUCUCUUUCGCGCCACCUCCUCAAGCCUCCCCAGCACCCACGCCUGCAGCCUCUCCCGUGGCACCAUCAGCUGCUUCAUUCUCCUUUGGAUCGUUGGGUUUUAAGCCUGCCCUGGAAAGCACACCAAUGCCAAGUGUGUCUGCUCCAAACGUAGGAGGGAAACCCUCCUUCCCACCCUCAGCCUCUGCUGUCAAGGUCAACCUUGGCGAAAAGUUUGUUGCCGUGGCCACCUCUGCCCCUGGUAACAGCUCACAGGGCGCACCGUCCGUGCUUCCCUUCUCCUCUGCCUCCAAGCCAGCCUCUUCCGGGCCUCUCAGCCACCCUGCACCGCCCUCGGCAUCACCCAGUCCCACGCCAUCAAAGUCUUCCUCCUCCUCGGUGUCAGCAGGGCGAUCUGCUCAGGGCAGUCCAAGUCCAGCACCCUCAGUAGUCCAGAAGUCUCCCAGGAUAACUCCUCCCAUGGUCAAGUCAGGCUCUCCCCAGACAAAAUUACUCCAGCCUCCUGUUACAGAAAAGCAAGACUCAGACCCUGUGAUAGCUGGAAUUGGGGAGGAGAUCACACACUUUCAGAAGGAGUUAGAAGAUCUGAAAGCCCGAACGUCCAAAGCCUGUUUCCAGGUGGGCACUUGUGAGGAGAUGAAGAUGCUGCGGACAGAGUCAGAUGACUUGCACAUCUUUCUGUUGGACAUCAAGGAGACCACAGAGUCUCUUUAUGGAGAUACAAGUACUUUGAAAACCACUUUAUUCGAGAGCUUUGCUGGUGUUGAAGAAGCCAGAGAACAACAUGGGAGGAAUCGUGACUCUAGCUAUUUCCAUUUGCUCUAUAAGAGACCACUGGAUCCCAAGAGUGAAGCUCAGCUCCAGGAAAUUCGGCGCCUUCAUCAGUAUGUGGAAUUUUCUGUCCAGAAUGUGAAUGAUGUCCUAGAUGUGGAGUGGGAUCAACAUCUGGAACAAAAGAAAAAGCAAAAGCGUCUGCUUGUGCCAGAGCGAGAGACACUGUUUAAUACCCUAGCCAACAACCGGGAAAUCAUCCACCAACAACAGAAGAGGCUGACCCACCUGGUGAACAGUCUGCAGCAGCUCCGCCUUUAUAACCAGACCUCCCAGUGGAGCCUCCCCUCAGCUGCUCCCUCCCAGAGCAGCACUCACAGCUUUGACAGUGACCUUGAAAGCCUGCGCAAAGCUUUGUUGAAAACCACCAUAGACUCUCACAGCAAACUCUUGCCCACUAGAGUACCAGCUAAACUGUCCCCCGUGAAACAGGCACAACUGAGAAACUUCUUGGCCAAGAGGAAGACCCCACCGGUGAGAUCCACUGCUCCAGCCAGCCUGUCUCGGUCAGCCUUCCUGUCUCAGAGGUCCUAUGAAGACUUGGAUGAAGUCAGCUCAACGUCGUCCAUUUCCCAGUCUUUGGAGAGCGAAGAUGCACGGGCUGCUUGCAAAGAUGACGAUGCAGUGGCCCAGGUCCCACGGCAUGCCCCUGUGGUUCGCACUCCUUCCGUCCAGCCCGGGCUCUUACCCCAGGCGACUCCUUUUGCUAAAUCUCACCUGACUCAUAGCGCCCCUGGUGUGCUGGGAACUUCAAUGUCUAUGUCUACUGGCAAAAUUAUUCCUCAGGGAGCCGAUAGCACAAUGCUUGCCACCAAAACCGUGAAACAUGGCGCACCUGGUCCUUCCCACACCAUCUCCGCCCCCCAGGCGGCCGCCGCUGCGGCACUGAGACGGCAGAUGGCCAGUCAGGCACCAGGUAAAAACUAUUCUUCAGUGCCAUACUCUACAGCCAAGACAUCUCACCCAGCGUUGAUCCCAGUGUCUGCUAAUCAGGCCAAGCAGGGAUCCCUGAUAAAUUCCCUAAAGCCGCCUGGGCCCGCACCAGCGUCUGGUCAGUGGUCAUCUGGCGACACAGCCCCAGGGCCAGGGGCAGCCAAGAUAGAAACAGCUGUGGCUUCUACCCCAUCUGCUGUUGGGCAGCUCAGCAAGCCUUUCUCAUUUUCUCCAUCAGGGACUGGUUUUAACUUUGGGGCAGUCACACCGCCACCGUCUUCUAGUUUCACUGCCACAGCAGGGGCAGCACCCCCCACUAAAGAGUCAAAUCAGCUCGACACAUUCUCCUUUGGUGGGGGAGGCAAAGCCUUCUAUGAGACCCUUCCUGAAAGCAUGCCUCCCUCAGGAGUGAUGGCGUCUCACACCAUGGGAGCUGCCACUGCUUCUCCGGGAGAGCCUGUUCCAUCUAGCGGCAGACCUGUGGCACCUUCUGGAAUUGCUCUUACCACUGCCUCUAACAAGCUGGAAACUCCACCGUCCAAGUUGGGAGAGCUUCUGUUUCCAAGUUCUUUGGCUGGGGAGACUCUAGGAAGUUUUUCAGGACUGCGGGUUGGCCAGGCAGAUGAUUCUACAAAGCCGACCAUUAAGACUUCAUCCACAAGCCUAACUAGCACACAGCCAGCCAAGACAUCAACUGUCCCCUCAGGGUUUAGUUUUGCCAGCCCUCCAGGUUUAGGGAAGCACCUGGAGCCACCUGUGACCGCCUCUGUGGCUGCUACCACAGUGGUGGCUGCUACCACAGUGGCGGCAGCUGCAGCCAGCACGAGCACUACUAGUUCUUCAGCUGGUGUCUUUGGUGGUCUGCCACUCACCAGUGAGGGAACCCCUGGAGUCAUCAGUUUCGGUGGGUUAUCCCUAAGUGGUAGCAAGACUGGCUUUUCAUUUGGAAGCCAGCAGACGAGUAGCACAGUGCCCCCACCUGCCCCACCGCCAGCUACAGCUGCCACCUCCCUUCCUACAUCAUUCCCCACACUGUCCUUCGGUAGCCUCCUGAGCUCAGCAUCUGCCCCCAGCCUGCCUGUGUCCUCUGGUAAAAGCACAGAGGAGGCCACAUCAUCGCCUUUGCCUGAGAAGCCAGGCAGCAGCGAGGCCUCAGCAUCCACCUCACUUCUAGGGCAGCAGCAGUCAGCCCAGCUUCCCCAGGCUCCUCUGCAAACUGACUCUGUUAGAAAAGAACCUGCUCCUGCCCAGCCUGCAGGCAGCAGCCCCAGCGCCACAGGACCCAGCACCAGUCCGGUGGUACCUUCUGCAGAGGCCACUCCAGCAGCACCCGGGGCCCCUGACGUCAGGGUGGACACGGCAUCUCCUUCCCCGCUUUCAGUGCCUGGGCAGGCUGCCAUUCCAGCAGCUACAACCCCAAGUGCAGGCCCUGUGGCUGUAGAAGCAUCAGGAGCACCCCCGUCCUCCAGCUCUGUUCCCAGUGUUGCUCCAAGCCCGGCCACAGAGGCUGCAGUGUUUGGGACUGUCACUUCUGGCUCAUCCAUCUUCAGUCAGCCGCCUGCUGCCAGUUCUAGCUCAGCUUUCAGCCAGCUCACCAGCAGCACAGCCACUGCCCCCUCUGCAGCCCCUGUGUUCGGGCAGGUGGCAGCCAGCACUGCCCCAAGCCUGUUUGGGCAGCAGGCAGGCAGCACGGCCAGCACAGCUGCCACCACACCUCCAGCCAGUGGCUCUGGGUUUGGCGGCCCAGCUUUUGGCACCUCAGCCACCGGGCUCUUCGGACAGGCGACCUUUGGGCAGUCCCCAGGCUUUGGACAGUCAACAAGCAGCCCCGCAAGCAGCUUUUCCUUCAGUCAGCCUGGGUUCAGCUCCGUGCCCGCUUUUGGUCAGUCUGUGUCCUCCACGCCCACAUCUACCAGUGGGAAUGUCUUUGGAGCUUCUUCGAGCACUAGUAGCUCCACCUCCUUCUCAUUUGGACAGUCUUCUGCCAACACAGGAGGGGGCCUGUUUGGCCAAAGCAACCCUCCAACGUUUGGUCAGAGCCCCAGCUUUGGACAGAGCAGCUCAGUGUUCGGUGGCGCCUCAGCCACCACCACAUCAGUGCCAUCCUCUGGGUUUAGCUUCUGUCAAGCUUCAGGUUUUGGGUCCAGUAAUACUGGUUCUUUGUUUGGUCAAGCAGCCAGUACUGGUGGAGUAGUCUUUGGCCAGCCAUCAUCAUCUUCCAGUGGCAGCGUGUUUGGAUCUGGAAGCGCUGGAAGAGGGGGAGGUUUCUUCAGUGGCCUUGGAGGGAAACCCAGCCAGGAUGCAGCCAACAAAAACCCGUUCAGCUCGGCCAGCGGGGCCUUCGGAUCUACAGCCACCCCAAACACCUCCAGCCUAUUCGGGAACAGUGGGGCCAAGACGUUCGGUGGAUUUGCCAGCUCAUCAUUUGGAGAGCAGAAGCCUGCUGGCACUUUUAGCUCUGGAGGAGGAAGUGUGGCCUCCCAAGGCUUCGGGUUCUCCACUCCAAAUAAAACAGGUGGCUUCGGUGCUGCUCCAGUGUUUGGCAGCCCUCCUACUUUUGGGGGAUCCCCUGGGUUUGGAGGGGUGCCAGCAUUCGGUUCAGCCCCAGCCUUUACAAGCCCUCUGGGCUCGACGGGAGGCAAAGUGUUCGGAGAGGGCACUGCGGCGGCCAGCGCAGGAGGAUUCGGGUUUGGGAGCAGCAGCACCUCGUCAUUCGGCACCCUCGCCAGUCAGAACGCCCCAACUUUCGGGUCACUGUCCCAACAGACGUCUGGUUUCGGGGCCCAGAGCAGCGGAUUCUCUGGCUUCGGUUCAGGUGGCGGAGGAUUCACCUUUGGCUCGUCUAGCUCGUCUGUGCAGGGCUUUGGUGGCUGGAGAAGCUGAGUGGGUGUCGGUGUUCCUUUUGUUCGUGUGACCAACUGCGUCCUCAGCUCCUCUUCACGGAGAAACACUGGAGCAGCCCUUCCAAUGGACAUUCUCAUUGAAACCCCGAAAAAAAAUAGCAGAAACCAAAACUCUAGAGAUGCUCGGUUGCUUGUUUUGUUUUCUCUUCCGUAUUGAUUGGCGUCUGCGCCCUCUGCUUCCCCAUUAAAGUGUUUGGUCUGUGUACA